UGUCGAGGAAAUCAAUCGAUCAUCCUCAAACAAUAUACAUCGAAGCGCAACUCUCACAAUGGACGCCUCCAACACAAAGCCCUACCACCUCCCCGCCGACGCGGUCUGGUUCAUCACCGGCUGCUCCUCGGGCAUCGGCCACUCCCUCUCCCAACACCUCGCACGCACACCGCACCGCCUCGUCGCAACCGCCCGCAAGCCAGCCUCCCUCUCAACCCUCCCCACCAGCCCUAACAUCCUCAAACUCGGCCUGGACGUGACCUCCCUCCCCUCCAUCCAGUCGGCCAUCACCGCCACCCUCACCCAGUUCGGACGAAUCGACGUCUUGGUCAACAACGCGGGAUACACACUGGAAGGCGACACCGAAGUAGCCUCAGACGAAGAAUCGCGAGCCCUCUUCGACACGAACUUCUGGGGGAUGGUGAACCUCACGAAACCCGUUCUGGGGAUCAUGCGAGAAGAAAACUCCCGAAACGGUGGCGCGCGGGGCGGGGUGAUCCUGAAUAUCAGUUCGCUGGGCGGGUUCAUUGGGUUCCCGGGGAGUGCGUUUUACCAUGCGAGCAAGUUUGCGAUGGAGGGGUGGACGGAGUCGGUGGCGAAGGAGAUGCCAGCGGAGUGGAAUAUCCACCUGUGCAACAUCGAGCCCGGCGGCGUCAAGACGAAUUAUGCGACUUCGAGUGCGAAGAUGAUGGCCAACGGGCGACAUCCCGCGUAUGCUGCGGAUCCGAGCUAUCCGACGAAUAUGCUGCUGGGGUAUAAGAGCCGGCCGGAGAGUCGGAGCUCGUGGGCGGAGCCGGAGGCUGUUGCCGGGGCGUUGUAUCGCCUUGUGAGUCGCGGGGAACGCAUCCCGAUCCGGGUGCCGUUGGGCGCGGAUUCGUAUGGCAUGAUUUCGAUGGAGGUGGAGAAGAUUCGGAGGGAGUUGGAGGAGCUGAAGGAGAUUAGUCUGAGUGUGGGGGAGGCGAAGCAGUUGGAUUCGAUUGCGUUUUUGCGGAAGGCUUAGGGCUUUUUUUUUUUUUUUUUUUUU